AUGACUUCGAGACUGCUUCGACUACAGCCUAUCACCCAUGCCGUUAGACUCGGGUUUCGAGUGGAACCGCUGGUAAAUCCGACCUUUAGCGUAGCUUUAAAUCAGCACAGAUGGUACUCUGUAAGCACGAACCCAGCAUCCGAAACAGUGAAGGAGAAUGUUGCGGAAGCAAAGGCAGAAGAACAGAAGAAAGCCACCAGCUCACCGCCGCCUGCAAAAGCAAAAUCAAAGGAACCUCUCAUGCAGCGGAUCAAGCAUGAAAUUCGUCACUACGUCAACGGAACCAAACUUCUCGGCUACGAAAUCAAGAUCUCCACAAAGCUGCUGGUGAAACUUGUUGAAGGCUACGAACUGUCCAGACGUGAAAAAAACCAACUGAAAAGAACCAUGGGCGAUGUGUUUCGUCUGGUUCCUUUCAGUGCGUUUCUCAUCGUACCCUUUGCAGAACUUCUACUGCCAGUGGCAUUGAAGAUAUUCCCAAACUUGCUACCCUCCACCUAUGAAUCUGGAAGUGCCAAACAGUUGAAGAAGCAAAAGUUGAACGACAUUCGGGAGAAGACUUCCAAUUUCCUACAGGAAACCAUCGAGGAAUCUUCUUUGAUCAGCUACAACUCCAUCGAAAGUGUCGAAAAGAAGAAGAAAUUUUUGAAUUUCUUCAAAAAACUGAACUCCCCGAAAGACGGAAACGAGAAUGUGUUCACACAUGAUGAAAUCUUGGCUGUUGCCCAGAUGUUCAAAAACGACAGCGUUCUUGAUAAUUUGUCAAGACCUCAACUGGUCGCCAUUGCGAAAUACAUGUCUUUGCGUCCAUUUGGAAAUGACAAUAUGUUGAGAUAUCAAAUUCGUUACAACCUCAAAACCAUCAUGGAAGAUGACAAGAUCAUAGACUAUGAAGGCGCCGAGUCUCUCUCGAACGAGGAACUUUAUCAGACAUGCAUUUCGCGCGGUAUCAAGACCUUCGGUGUGAAGCGCGAAGACCUUAUCGAGAACAUGAAUAUGUGGUUGGAAUUAAGGCUGAGACAUAAAGUACCAAGUGUUCUCCUUAUUCUCAGUAGUGCGUACACAUUCGGUGGUCUUCAGCAACAGGACAUCAAUGCACACUCGACCUCAGCUCAAAAAGUCGACGACACCAAAUUCAGUGAACUCAUGGACUUCUAUUACGACGGUAUCCUUCAAGUGCUGUCAUCCAUUCCAGACCCAGUUUACAAUGUCGCCAAGCUAGAUGUUAGUGAGUCUAAGGAACAAAAACAACAAAUACCUGCAGAAGAAGAAAAACCAGCUCCUUCUGCGCAGAAGACGGCUCCAACCCAAAGCCCCGAAAAACCUGCUAAGGUUGUUUCUGACUCUGCAACUACUGUUCCUACAGGUGACGAGACUGCGGCAGAAAAAGUGGCAGCAGAAAAAGGACCAAUUUCGAAGGCAGAUGAAGAAGGAAAAGAAAAAGAUGUACAGGAAGAAGAGGAAGAAGAGUCUCCGUCACGCUCUGAUGACAAUGAGUUCAAGCUCAACGUGCUGAAGGAACAGGAGGCUUUGAUCAAGAAAGAAGAGGAAGAAGCGAGGAAGAGAUCGUCUUCAGGACAAGCCAUUGACGAUGACAUUGUAUUGGACGAAGAUGCUUCCAAUGCUCCUGUCCCUAUCAAAGAUGCGGCUGAGAGCUCUCUAACAAAGAGAGAAUAA